GGACAAGGAGCACGCGGUUGCCAAGCGACGGCGUUUUCGCAUACUAACGCACUACGUAGUAUUUGAAAAUAGUGCGGUCGCCUACAGAUAUGGCGUACUACUUAGUGCUGUAGUAUGUAGCUUUCAGCGACGGCCUUUUAAAGUAAAGGGAAGUUUCAUACGUCGCGUGGACGUGAAAAAAAAACUUUGUUAGGAAAUAAUAAGACUUUCAUUUCGUUUUGGAAUUUAAACACUUUUUCAGGUGAAAUGUACAUUUUUGGACUGGACAUGGGACUGCUCUUGAGGGACGCGGAAACCCAAGCUUUACACUUGGAACAAUAAUUUCAUUCAGAUAUAAUUCUAGACUUUUCACUAUUUGUAUAUAUCCAAGAUAUUGAAUGCAAUGGCGUAUGAAAACGGCUUUUUCGGAGCUACUGAGUUGAUCAAAGAUCGCUUAUACUUUGCAACCCUGCGAGGAAAACCGAAAAGUACAGCGAACGCGCACUACUUCUGCACGGACGACGAGUUUGUCUAUGAAAACUUCUACGCAGACUUCGGGCCUCUCAACCUGGCCAUGCUGUAUCGAUACUGCUGUAAACUGAAUAAAAAGCUCAAGUCUUUCACGCUUUCCAGGAAACGCAUCAUCCAUUACACCAGCUACGACCAGCACAAGAGAGCCAACGCAGCCUUCCUGAUCGGCGCCUAUGCCGUGAUAUACUUAAAAAGAACUCCAGAGGAAGUCUACCGAGCCCUCAUAUCUGGGACUAACGUGUCCUACCUGCCCUUUAGAGAUGCUGCCUUUGGGAACUGCACCUACAACCUGACCAUCUUAGACUGUUUGCAAGGAAUCCGUAAGGCCCUGCAGCACGGGUUCUUCGACUUUGAGACGUUUGACAUCGAGGAGUACGAGCACUAUGAGCGUGUAGAAAAUGGUGACUUUAACUGGAUUGUGCCAGGGAAGCUGCUGGCCUUCAGUGGGCCUCAUCCCAAGAGCAAAAUCGAGAAUGGAUUCCCUCUCCACGCCCCAGAAGUGUACUUCCCCUACUUCCGCCAGCACGACGUCAGCGACGUGGUCCGGCUCAACAGGAAGAUGUACGAGGGAUGCCGCUUUACAGACGCCGGCUUUGCGCAUCACGACCUGUUCUUCGUGGACGGUGGCACACCGAGUGACAUCAUCGUCCGCCGCUUCCUGCACAUCUGCGAAACGGCGGAGGGUGCUGUUGCCGUCCAUUGUAAAGCUGGCCUAGGCAGGACAGGCACCCUGAUCGGCUGCUACCUCAUGAAGCAUUACUGCUUCACUGCUGCAGAGGCCAUCGCCUGGAUUCGCAUCUGCAGGCCUGGCUCGGUCAUCGGUCCCCAGCAGAAUUUUCUGGAAGAAAAACAGCACGGCAUGUGGAUGGAUGGCGAUUUGUACCGGUCCAAGCAGCCGAGGCUGAGGUAUUACCCGGAGAGAGACCUGGCUCACUUCAUCUCCAGCCUGGACGACGUUUCACUCUGCAGCACCAGCCUGAACGCUCUGAGCAUGGACGAGAAUGAUCUCGCGACUAAUAAUAUGGGCGUAACUCAGGGAGACCGACUGCGAGCAUUAAAGUGUAGACGUCUUCUCAGGUCUCCGUCCGUUCUCGGUGGGUUACGUCCGAUACCUGGAACCAUUUCUCCCUCUAAGUCUUCCAAAGCUCCUCCUCCUCCUCCAUUUUCUGGCGGCCCUGUAACUAGGAGACUGGCUCGAAGCCCGUCGACCGCUGGAAACAUGAAGAGCUUUAAACCCGGCUUGGUGCGCUCUCUCGGCAACCUUUACAGCCUGGACGACUUCAUAGACGAGGACCGCAACGCGUCCACACCCUCCUACCCCUCCUCCCCUCCUCCUGCACUGUUCUCUCCAUCUUCACUCCUGCCCUCGGGCCCUCCUCCACCCCGCUUCGGUUUCGGAUACCCAGUCCGACAGGAAGUUAACAACAACCUUAACAACCCUCCUGCUCCUGCGCUCAGGCCUGCGAUGAGAGGAGGCUUCAGGCCAAACCCCAGAGUUCCCGUUCCGGGUGUGCUCACAGGCCGCCAUCUCAGUCGCUCUGUUCCUUCCUUUCAGUCCGAAUACGUUAAAUACUAACGCCACGGUGAUGCGCUGACCCACCGGCCAGAGGGAAAUCUCUUCAACGAGCUACCGAACGUCUCGUAGACGGACGACGAAUAAAUCACUGGUUCAAUGGCUUUCGUUUCAAAACCUCAUUUUCACUUUAUAUGCAUUUCUUUUCAUUUUCAGCUUGGAAUACGUACAAUAUAUUUGACCUUUUUCACUCUCA